UGAAAAAAUUGAAUUUUGUUUCCGUUUGAUUUUGUUCAUUGUUGUUUGUUCUAUUGUGAUUGGAAUUGAAAAUUGAAAAAUUAUAUUUUAAUAAUAAUUAAGAUGCGUAGGCUAUGUUACAAGUUAGAUUUGAAUAUUGGUUUGUAGGGAACAUGGUACUUGACUAAAAGAGGUUGUUUGUUUGCUAAGACUCGUCUUCUACAAAUUGUUGCAGUUUUUGAAGAAUGUUUCAUAACACUUAGAAUCUCAAAAAGUCUAUAAAUUGUAAUUAUGAGUGAUUACACGGAAAGCGAUGAAAUUGGAACUUGUACAACCAAACCGGAUUGUCAAAAGAUGGAUUCCAAUUAUUCCAUUUACGAUGUUGACGACCACAUUCAGCAGAUGAAACCAUCACGUAUUAUGAUACUUCACUACCAAUCAAAAAUCGAAGAUAUGCGGAAAUAUGAGAGGGAUCUAGAAGCUCAGUUAGAAAGAUGUAAGAAAGUUUGUGAUAAAGAUUGGACUACACAGGAAGAACUAUUGAAAAGAACUGACGAAGUUUCAGAACUGAAAAAAACUGUCAGUGAUCUUCAAGUUUUCUUGUAUCAGGAGAGAGAGCAUGUUCUUCAAUUGUCAGCUGAAAAUGAUCGAUUGAGACUGGCGCAGUUGGACUACCAAAAGAAACUGGACACAGUACUUUCAUUUACUGGACUACCGAAUGAUUUCAUAACGUUCAUAUGCACUGAUCCUAACGUUACCAUAAUUCCAAACAAAACAACUAAUAACUCGAAAAUUUCUAUGAAAAGAAGUAUGGAGAAAACAAAAAACAAAAGUAAAGUCAUAAAAGAUCUGACGGAGAGUCGAGAUGAAAUGGAAAAGCUUAAAGUAGAAGCUUUAAUAGCGGAAUGGGAGGAACAGAGUGAGUUGUAUCGUGAUGAAAUUCAUUCUCUACUUCUUGAUCGCGAUUUAAGACAAAAAGAAUGGGAAGAAGAAAGAAAAAGAUUACAAAACCAGAUUGCACAUUCCAAUAAAAUGCUAAAAUCUCUUCAGUCGAAAGUUUGUGAUGAAUCUUGGAGAUUUAUAAACAUGGAGAAACGUCAUCAGGCCAGGGAAUCUGUUUGGUUAGAUGAGAGGGCUGAACUUUUGAAAAGUAUUGAAUCUAUUCAUCAACUUCUUCACGUGCCUUCGCGGAAUCAUCAGCAUAUAGCAUCUCAAGUUUCAGCGCUCAAGAAGCAGCUAAGCAAGAAAGAUGAUCUUGUUAAUAUGUAUCAGGAACAGAGUACUACUUUAGAAGGUGAAUUGGAGAGGUUGAAAGAUUCAAUGGAAAAGAAUAAAUUACAGCUUAAGGAUAAGAACUCCAAAAUGGUGAACCAAGUGAAAUAUUUCAAAGACAAGUGUGAAGAGGAAAAAAGAAGAAGAUUACUAGAUGCCGAAGGAUUUAGGAAUGAUAUAAAAUUUCUUCAAAACCGCGUACAGACGUUGGAACGAAAAGUAUUCACCAAUUACUCACAACUACACAGUGAUCCUGGCUCACGUACCAAAAGCUGAAACCUUCUGGAAGUAUUCACGUAGUAAGCCAUUCAGCCUUCCUUCAACAUUAUGAAUGAAUUUUCAAUGUAAUAAGUUAGCUAUGACACUUUUAUAGGGUAUGUCUGGUAUUCCUGCAGGAAUUCGAUCAUUAGGUGUAAAUCGAAUAUGAGAUCAGGAAAUUGUUUCUCUGUCCAUUAGAAUUGAACUGACUGUCCCCAACAAAGAAAUAGAUUGUCGGGUGUCUAACAUGAUUAAUUACAACAGACUUGCUCGGUCGUGAAUAAGCAUAAGAUGAAAUGGGCAGUUGGGACGAAAACAAUCGAUUUUCACGUUCAGUGUCUACUGCAACUUUUUUCAAAUCUUGGAUCAUUCAAGUUUAUCAUUUUAGAACAUUCUUCAAACCAAAUAAGCCAUGAAUUCGGCAAUUAAACUAAUUAGCCAAAACAAAUUAAUUCAAAUCGAAUACAAUGUUCAACUUGAACAAAACAUAUUAUGAACGAAAACAUUCACAGAGUUGGUGAAAAGUAUGAAAACAGCUUAAUAUUUCUGUUACAAGGAUAAUUUGACAAUAUGUUUCUUUGGGGAUCCUAUUUUUAUAAAAAAAUACUUUUCUGUCGCCUCAAAAUUUUGUACCGUCAUUUUGGAACCGCCAACUUUAAUCCAACUACAUUUUUUAUAAUUAUGAUGAAUGACGAACACCGUUCAUCGAUAUAUCAACCCGUUUCAAUGUUAUUCGCAUUUGAAAAUACCAAUAAAUCAUAAAAAAUGAAAUAAAUGCUUAAAAAUCUGACAGAUCAAACUUUUCUGUUAAAAAUGUUAAUGAUAGAUGUUACUAAAGUGUUUAUUGACAUUUAGUGGAGUGAAAUCUGAUAUUUAGCAUUUUUUCGAUUUUCAAUGUACUCAUUUAUUUCAUUCUUGUAUGAUUUAUUGGUAUUUUUUAAUUUCAAUAACUUUGAAACGGCUUGAGAUAUCAUGUGUGCCUUUCACCAUUCAUUUUCUCUUGAAAUUAUGUAUCGAAAUCAUGUAUCAUAGUCGUAGUGAGUGGCCGUAGUCUAAUGAAUUAUAAUUGGCUUUAUAAUUCAGAGUCCCGGGUUCAAAUCCAGGUCCGGGCAUGAUACUUUUCUCGGGCCACUCCUGUGUUUCGGAUGGACACGUUAAGCGCUCGGUCCGGCUGCCUAAUAACAGUCGUUAGGUCAUGUCAGAGGCCCUAAAAUUGGUCAGAUGCGACCUGAAAACUCUGAGCCAGCAAGGUCACUCAAUUCUUUCAAUCAAUCAAUUAAUUCCUUAUUAUUUAUCAUUGCAUUUACACAAUAUAUAUAGUGUCAAGAUAAAAAUGAAAUAAUUUACAAUAAUCAUCUCAGAAAGUCUUUUAUUGAAAAUGGGCUAGUUGAAAUAAAAUAUCUUUUCAAUUCCUUCUUGAAAUCCGCACCAUCCUUCUUUCGGAUAAUAAUAGGUAACUGGUUAAAGUACUUAGCACACAUGUAGGAAGGACGUUUUUCAAAGAAUUGUCUUCUGUGUUGCUGAAGUGCAUAGGUUCUUCUUGAGCGUGUAUGAUAGGCCUAUUGAUGAUUAACAUAUUCUUCAUUUUUGAAUUUUUGAGUAAGAAUGUAUUCCAUUUUAAAGAGUCCAUAAAGUAUCGAUACUACUGUAUCAUUAUUAUAUUCAUGUAUCUCACACUUAGAAAAUGAAGUUGGAUUCAAGAUGGCGGUUCCAAGAUUUCCCUUCGUUUUUCUCUUCUUACCCUUCUGAUUGGCCAUACAAGAUAUUAAUUUGUUACAGAAACGUCGAUGAAUAGAACUUUUCAGGUUACGUUCAAUUCUGUUUUGAAGACCAAAGUUAAGGUUAUAGAGGUUGAAUUUUAUCUUUUAAAUGGCAAUAUGUUGAUAUUAUUCCAAAUGGUUCGAAAAUAACUUUAGAAGAUGAUAAUUGCAAAUGACAAAUACUUAUUUGACCAUCUAUUUUUAGGUAUUUGAAAUUUGGCAAAAUGAAUGUCUCCCUUCUGCCGUCUGCACUGUCAAAGCUUAAACUGAAUUUAAUCAGCUGAUGGUUUAACCUAAAAAUGAUUCACAUAACAAACGAGACUUGAUAUGGAUUUAAUCCAGUUUAAAAUGAAGUUUACUUCAAACUGAUACUGUGCAAACAGCAAUUGAUGGUCCUUUGUUCUAUGAAGGGUUCUAGAUACCAAGCAUAAGAUCUAUAAGUCUUAACAUUUCUAUCAUAACAUUUUUUUAAUAACGAUUAUGAAUAUCAUUAUUCAUUAUGCUAUGUAUCAUAGUUUUUCAUAUUUGGUAGUAUAUUAAAUAUCAUAGUUCUUGAUAUUAUUUAGGUAACACAAUAAUAUAAGUUAAUAGUACCUGAUUUAUAGAAUAAUAGUUCUAUUGAUUUAUAGAUAUGAUGCCAAUUUCAAAUUGCAGUUCGACAUGGAUCAGCAAUAGUUUUAUACUCAUUAGAUCAUGCCUCUCAUAUAGGAGAUUAUUUUGUGAAGUUUAUAUAAAAUCUAUAAAAUGACAGGAAUGAAUUUGAAAAACGCUUUUGCGGGUAAAUACAGCUAGAGAUGAUUGAUAAUCAUUGUUAUCACUCUGCCAAUUGCCUAUUAUCCAUGUGAAUCCAGGCUCAGUGACGUUCUCAUCCAGCAGUGACGGAUUUAUACAUUAAAUAGGCACUAUUCUGACUGCCGCCCCCCUGAAACAUGUUACAUAAUGAGCGAAAUUCUUCAUUUAAAUCGAAAACUGAAUCCAACGACUUAUCGGGUGUUCAUAAAACAUUGAGAGAAACUUCAUUUUAAUUACAUGAAAAAAUCUCCACUUUUACAACAUUAAAAUUGCACUAAUAUGUAAAAGGCGUUUGCUUUUUUGCAAACUGUAGUCAUUUCACUGUGGUUACCGACUAGCCUGGGUAGUUGAUACUUGAUUGUUACGUCCUUAGAAAAUUGGUUGUUACGUGAGCGAACUCUAUUCACUGAUGUAACGUGUGAAAACCUUAAAAUGACCUCAUCUUGUUUGAUUUUAUUUGUUUCUGCAUAAAACUUCUGGUGUGCACGUUGAACAUCUUGCAUAGUAAGAGAUGAGCAGUUGAAAUGUGUAUGUUGUGGAUGAUUGCAGUCAGGUAACUCUGGGAAUCCUUUUGCUAAGUGUCUGUGAACAAAAAACACAAACCAACCUUUCAGAACAUUUUCUACAUUAAUCUGUUAUAUAAAGCAUAA